AUGGUAUCGUCUUAUGAUAUCGGAACUCGCUGUUGGUAUCCAGACAAAGAUCUUGGAUGGGUUGGCGUGAAGGUAAUUUCAAAUAAGGAGCAUGAAGGCAAAUUUACACUUGUAUUUGCGACGGAAACGGAUGGCAAGCAGUACACUGUUGUCACCGAGUCGCUUUCUGAAGAUAGCAAUGACUUGCCGCCCUUGAGAAACCCACCUAUUUUAGAGGCCGCCGAAGAUUUGACAUCUUUGUCCUAUUUGAACGAACCUGCUGUUUUGCAUGCGAUCAAAGUUCGGUAUUCUCAAUUAAACAUUUACACUUACUCAGGUAUUGUUCUCAUUGCCACAAAUCCUUUUCAAAAGGUCGAUCAGCUCUACUCACAAGAUAUUGUCCAGGCUUAUGCUGGAAGAUCAAGAGGUGAGCUUGACCCUCAUCUAUUUGCUAUUGCGGAGGAUGCCUAUCGUUGUAUGAAAAGAGAUGGUGCGAAUCAAACGAUUGUGGUCAGUGGUGAGUCAGGUGCUGGGAAAACUGUCAGUGCAAAGUAUAUUAUGCGUUACUUUGCUACGGUUGAGGAGGAGUCAGAGCUAGAAAGUAAAGUCGGAACUGAACACAAAUCUGACAUGUCCGAUGUCGAAAAACAGAUUCUCGCUACCAACCCCAUUACGGAAUCUUUCGGCAAUGCUAAAACAACCAGAAAUGAUAACUCCUCAAGAUUUGGGAAGUAUUUGGAGAUUCUUUUUGACAACCAAACUUCCAUCAUCGGGGCACGUAUCAGAACAUUCCUUUUGGAAAGAUCAAGGCUCGUAUUUCAACCCCAUGGUGAGCGCAAUUAUCACAUUUUCUAUCAGAUGCUCUCAGGAAUGAGUGCUGAGGAAAAAAAAGAAUUCAAUUUGACCAAUGCCACGGAAUUUAAGUACACAAACCAAGGUGGCGACAUCACUAUUCCCGGAGUCGAUGAUCGUGCGGAUUUCCAAACCACAAAGGAAUCUCUUAGCUUGAUUGGCAUUGAUGAAAGUAAGCAAAAAGAGAUUUUCAAGCUCUUGGCUGCUAUGUUACACAUUGGUAAUAUAGAGAUUGCAUCCACUCGUAAUGAUGCAUAUCUUGCGACUGACGAGCCAAACGUAACAAAAGCUUGUUCUUUAUUAGGUAUCAGUGCUUCGGACUUCAGCAAGUGGUGUGUCAAAAAGCAGAUCACCACAAGAUCGGAAAAGAUAGUAAGUAAUUUGAGUCACAAGCAAGCUAUCGUUGCGAGAGACUCAUUUGCAAAGUACAUCUACGCUGCCCUCUUUGAUUGGCUCAUUGAUUAUAUCAAUGGCGAUUUAUGCCCCUCCAAUGUCGCGGAGAGGGUAUCCUCCUUCAUUGGUGUGUUGGACAUCUAUGGCUUUGAGCACUUUGAAAAGAAUUCCUUUGAACAAUUCUGCAUAAAUUAUGCGAACGAGAAGUUGCAACAAGAGUUCAAUCAGCAUGUCUUCAAGUUAGAACAAGAAGAGUAUGUUCGGGAACAGAUUGAAUGGUCUUUCAUCGAAUUUUCGGACAAUCAGCCAUGCAUUGAUGUCAUCGAGAACAAGCUCGGAGUUCUCUCACUUUUGGAUGAAGAAUCAAGAUUACCUUCAGGUAAUGACCAGUCCUGGGUACAAAAGUUGUACCAGACUCUUGAUAAGCCACCCACCGACAAUGUGUUCAAGAAGCCGAGGUUUGGACAAACCAAAUUCGUAAUUAGCCAUUACGCGUUGGAUGUCACAUAUGAUAUUGAUGGUUUCAUCGAAAAAAAUAGGGACACAGUAGGCGAAGGACAUUUGGAGGUUUUGAAGGCAACUAAUAACGACUUACUCAAGGAAGUAAUUUCGGUCAUUGAUAAGAACGCUGCGAAGUUAGAGACGAACGUGUCUCUGAGCAGGAAAGGGAUCUCAUCGAAGAAACCCACUCUUGGAUCCAUAUUCAAAACCUCACUCAUCGAAUUGAUGAAAACGAUAAAUUCUACCAAUGUUCACUAUAUUCGAUGCAUCAAGCCAAACGAAGAAAAAAAGGCCUGGGAGUUCGACUCACUCAUGGUCUUGUCGCAGUUAAGGGCUUGCGGUGUUUUGGAAACUAUUCGAAUUUCUUGUGCGGGAUAUCCAUCAAGAUGGACUUAUGUUGAAUUUGCAGACAGAUAUCAUAUUUUACUACCCUCUCAUGAAUGGCUUAAAGUUAUGAGUGGAAAUACAACUCAAGAGUCUGUAUCAGAUCUAUGCAAUAAGAUACUCUCGGAUAACAUUAGUGAUCCAAGCAAAUUUCAGUUGGGUAAUACCAAGAUUUUCUUCAAGGCGGGAAUGUUGGCUCAUUUUGAAAAGUUACGUUCAGAUAAGCUCCACAAAUCUGCAGUCAUGAUCCAAAAGAAUCUCAAGUGCGUUUAUUACAGGAGGCGGUACUUGGAAAUUAGGUGUAGCCUCGUUCUACUACAAACUUUGAUAAGAGGUCACUGUACGAGAACAGCAAUUCAGGCUGAGAAGGAACGUGAAGCAGCAGUCACAAUUCAGACAUUAGCGAGAGCAAGUCUUUUGCGGAGACGAGUCUCCUGUGCCAUGGGAAGUAUCAUCGCUCUUCAAAAUGCUUUCAGAGCUGUGCAAUCCAGACGAAUUUAUACGAGGAGAAAAGAUGAGAAAGCGGCCAUAAUCAUUCAAAGUGGCAUUAGGCGCCAUCUUUCUCGUAAGGAGUUCGUCAAGAAGCGCAGCUCUGUUGUUUUGAUACAGUCACAUGUAAGGAGAAAAAUGGCCCGUCGAGAGCUUUUGAGCUUAAGAGAAGAUGCUAAAUCUGUGAGUCAUUUGAAAGAGGUAUCUUAUAAGUUGGAAAACAAGGUUAUCGAGCUCACUCAGUCGUUGACUGGUAAGAUUCAGGACAAUAAGGCUCUCGUCAGAGAGAUCAAUGGUCUUAAGGAAUUACUUGGGCAGUCAAAUUCGGCGACUGAAACUUUGAAAUCCCGGGAGCUAGAGUUUUCUAAAAAGUUCAACUCUCAAAAUGAGUCUUAUCAAAGAGAUAUCGAUUCAUUAAAUGCUGAAUUAGCAACCAUUAAAAAGGAUUAUCAUGAGGCGGAAAUAAGAAUCGAGGAACUCAUCAAGGAACAAGCAGAUCUUCGUCAUCAGGUGAAACAAAAUAUCGAGGAGCUCAAUCAAGCUAGAGAUGCUCUUGUCAAGAGAGAUACAAUUGAGGUUGAUUUGAAAUCACACAUAGAACUGUUACAAACUCAACUCUCAGCUCUUCAAUCACAACAGUCACAAUCGAACUCGUCGAGAAUGCGAAAUGUCAGCAACAAGAGACAUAGUAGUGCUGGAGUUUGGAAUUAUCUGCAUGCUCUCGAUCAGCAACAGAGACCGGUUUCUGUAAUUGCGGUUUCAAAUGAUGAAAGUGCUGACGUUGACGACAUCAACGAUGAAUUAUUUAGGUUGUUGCGUGACACUCGCUCACUUCAUCGGGAGAUAGUCGAAGGUUUACUCAAAGGACUCAAAAUCCCUCCAUCUGGUGUUGCCGCGGAUUUGACAAGAAAGGAGGUAUUGUUCCCUGCCCGGAUCAUUAUUAUCAUUCUCUCUGAUAUGUGGAGACUUGGAUUGACAAGGGAAAGCGAGGAAUUUUUGGGGGAAGUUUUGGCGGGAAUUCAGCACAUUGUCUCAGCCUUGAAAGAAGAGGAAGUCAUCUCGAAUGGUGCUUUCUGGCUUUCAAAUACUCAUGAGCUUUACUCAUUUGUUUCGUAUGCUCAACAAACUAUCAUUGCUAACGACUCAUUGUCUCGGGAUAUGAGUAAGGAAGAGUUCGAUGAGUACUUGAAAUUGGUGGCUGUCGUGAAGGAAGACUUUGAAUCUCUUUCGUACAAUAUUUACAAUAUGUGGAUGAAGAAAAUGGAGAAAGACCUAGAGAAAAAGGCAGUUUCGGCAGUGGUCAUGUCACAAUCGCUUCCUGGAUUCAUGGCUCCCGAAAGCUCUCCUUUCCUAGCCAAGGUUUUCUCACAAGGUGUUCAAUAUAAGAUGGAUGACAUACUUUCUUUCUUCAACACCGUGUAUUGGUCGAUGAAAUCGUACUUCAUAGAAGUCGAAGUGAUGAACGCCGUCAUCAUCGAGCUUUUGAGGUUCGUUGAUUCUCUAUGCUUCAACGACUUGAUAAUGCGCAGAAAUUUUUUAUCUUGGAAACGUGGCUUGCAAUUGAAUUACAACGUUACAAGACUUGAAGAGUGGUGCAAGAGUCAUGAUAUUCAGGAAGGCUCUUCUCAUUUGAAUCAUUUGCUACAGGCCGCUAAGCUUCUUCAGCUUCGAAAGAACACUCCUGAAGACAUCGAUAUCAUAUACGAAAUUUGUUUCGCGUUGAAGCCUAUUCAAAUACAAAAGUUGAUAUCUCAAUACUACGUCGCCGAGUAUGAGACCCCGAUAGCUCCAGAUGUCUUACAAGCUGUCGCAGACAAAGUCAAGAUGAGUGAUGGAUCGAGCGAUGAUCUCUUUGAGGUCGUUGCUACAGACGGCCAUUUCGAUGACCCUUUUAGAGAUGUGAAUUUGCGGCCCUUUUCUCGAGUCGAAGCUUAUGUUCCAGCGUGGUUGAGUCUUCCAGUCAUUCGAAGAAUCGUGGAACUUGUCGCUAAAAAUGCUUCCGCCCAGGAUGAUCCUGUCGCCCGCUUUGCGGAUGAAGAGAAGUCUUCGUCUCAGGAGAUUGAUUUUAAUGGUGAAGGGGUAAGUAAAUAA